AUGCUGAUAAGUAUUGUGACGAUCACUGCAAAUUCAACCGUGUUUAAAGGCUUCCUGCUGGAGGCUCGAGAGGUUGGAGGCAGCAAUCCCAUGGGCAUUUUCACUUUAAUGGGCAACAAUACUCAACUACUGGCAUGCUCUUCACAGUCUAAUUCAUCCGUCUCUCACAUAUCAGAUGCCUCAAAAUUACAAAUUCAGAGUAAAUGGAAAGCUCCUUCAUCAGGAAACAGCAAGAACAUUGAAUUCAGCACAGCUGCUCCAACUCAGGCUCUCUCAAAGGCCCAGCAAUUGCACCCACUCUUCAUCACAGAAACUGGCUCCAUGAGUGCCAUAUCUAAUGCCGGUUGUGGGAGCAAUAAGACGUGCUUCAGUGACCCCAGUGGCUGUGACCCCUCCUCAAACUCUAAGUGCUACUUCAUGUCCGCUGCACAGUCUGCUUCUGGAGCUCCGUACAAGUUUGAAAUCGUCGGCGGCGCAGACGGCUACGUCUCCAUUGGCUUCUCCGACGACAAAGAGAUGGGUAACGAUGAUAUCUAUAUCUGUGGAAAGGACAGUAAUGGCAAUAUCCAGUUACAGCACGCUUUCUCCACCGGAACUACAACACCGGGCAACAUCGCACUGGGGAACGUCUCAGGUUUCAGUUCGUCACUGAUUAAUGGGGUGAUCAGCUGCUCCUUCACCUCUGGAAACCCCAUCAGCACCACGCGGAGCUCCUCCUCUCAGAGCAGCUACUACGUCUUCCUCGCCUACGGCGCCACCCAGAGAGGUGUGAUCCAGAUGCACAGCACCACCCCCUUCAUCAGCAGCUCGAAAAUGGACUUCUCCACCAUCACAAUCCUGGCAAGCGGAGAGCAGAGAGAGAACAAUCCCUCCAUUGUUAAAGCCCAUGGCUGUCUGAUGCUGAUAGCGUGGAUGACCACUGGCAGUAUCGGCAUGCUGAUCGCCCGCUACUUAAAGAAUGCGGCUAAAAGGACCAAGUUCUGUGGCAAAGACUUCUGGUUUGGGGCGCAUGUGUUUCUGAUGAUUCUCUCCGUUGCUGCCACUAUUAUAGCAUUUAUCCUGGUGUUUUCAUACGCUCGGGACUGGAGUGGGGGAGCUCAUCCUGUACUGGGCGUUAUAGUGAUGAUCCUCAGCCUGGCACAGCCGAUUGCUGCCAUGUUUCGCUGUGGACCCCAAGACGAGAGGAGAUACAUUUUUAACUGGGCACACACCAUCAACGCAUUAGCCAUCAAAGGACUGGCAGUGGCAGCAAUCUUUACAGGCCUAGCACUGGUGGACAGUUCUGAACAGCAGUGGCUACAGAAAGUGAUGGGGGGGUUCGUGGCCUGGGAGGCAAUUUGGUUCUUGUGCCAGGACUUCCAACAAAGAAGGAAGAAAAACGAUAUCAUUCUGCAGGAAUCAGAUCAGGUGAUAGCAGAAAGUCUUCUCUUGGUCGCAUUCUUCAUCGGAAACAUCGCCUUCUUGGUGGCUUUGCUUGUUGGAAUAGGCAACUCGUAA